CUCCAGGAAGGUCAUUUUGUUUUCCACUUUUGCUCUCAUCAACCAUUGUGCUAAGAGCCUUUUAUGCGGUGCACCCGGAUAAAUCGGAAAAUUUAAACGUUCAAAACGACGAUCCGCAAGUGAGUAGGUACAGGGAACAAGCCCUGGGGGCCUGAGAUCUUGAAGUACAGUAAUUAUGGCGAAAGGAAGCGCCUGGCUGGCGCUAGCCGCAUUUGCGUUCAUCGGCUGUCUCCAUCAAACCGCAAGUGUCGAUCGGAAUAAUUUCAAGGCAUGCGAUCAGAGCAGCUUUUGUCGUCGCUUGCGACAGUCGGAAUCCGAAAUCAGCAAAUUCGAAAUACUUCCGGAAACGUUGCAGACCUACAAGCAGUAUAUUCUACUAGAUUUGCAACACGCGGAAACGAAACAUUUGUACGUGCUAAAACUGGCCGCUGUUAAAGGUGGCUUGUUUCAUUUUCAAAUCGACGAAAAAAGUCCCCUGAGCCCCCGUUAUCGGGUCACGGACGCACUGUCUAAAGAGCCAGAGUAUGUCGGUUUGAAGGUAGAAGAAAAUUCUAGCACGGAGGUUAUCAUUUCGGCGGAAGGAGGAUCGAACAAGGCAGUAGUGAAAGUUGCUCCGCUCAAAAUUGAGUUCUAUCGGGAUAACACACUGGUGCUCGUGGCCAACUCGAAAGGCCUCAUGAAAUUUGAGCAUCUGCGUCGAAGGGAAGUGAAGCCGGCCGAGCAAGCUGCAGAUGACGGCCAGGAUGUUCCAGAAAAUGCUGUGGAGGAACCUAAGGAAGACCCUGGUGCUUGGGAAGAAAACUUCAAAUCGCACCAUGACUCCAAACCUAAAGGUCCCGAAGCGUUGUCUAUGGAUUUUAGCUUCCCCCAGGGUAAGGUGUUGUAUGGCAUCCCCGAACACGCGGAUUCCUUCGCAUUAAAGCACACUGCAGGAGGAAAGAGUGAUCCCUACCGUUUGUAUAACUUGGACGUUUUUGAGUACGAACUGGAUAACGGAAUGGCUCUGUACGGUGCGGUGCCUGUUAUUUACGGAACGGGUCCCGGUCGCACGACUGGAGUAUACUGGCAAAAUGCGGCUGAAACAUGGGUGGAUAUUUUCGUUCCAGAACAGGAGAACAAUGUAAUGUCGUCAAUCGUGAAUUUCGUAUCACGCUCCAGCCAGGAAGAUCCUCCCGCAGCCAACUUUAUCUCGGAGAGUGGAAUAAUCGACGUAUUUGUACUGACGGGUCCAUCGCCGCUGGACACCUACCGCCAGUUUACCGAUCUUACCGGAAGAGCUCCACUUCCACAGCUGUAUGCGAUUGCAUAUCACCAAUGUCGGUGGAAUUAUAAUGACGAACAAGACGUCACUUCGGUUUCGGCUAAAUUCGACGAACAUGACAUACCAAUGGAUACGAUGUGGUUGGACAUUGAGUUCACCGACGGUAAGAAAUAUUUCCUCUGGGACCAUAACAAGUUCCCGCACCCGUUAGAGAUGAUUCGUAAUUUAACGGAACGUGGCCGUCAUCUGACUAUUAUUAACGAUCCUCACAUCAAACGCGACGGAAGCUACUACUUCCAUAACGAUUGCCUUGAUCGUGGUUAUUACGUGAAGAAUAAGGACGGUAACGUGUACGAAGGUUGGUGCUGGCCAGGAUCGGCGAGUUAUCCAGACUACUUCGAUCCGGCGAUUCGCAAAUAUUAUGCCGACCAGUUUCUACUGGAAAACUUUAAGCAGUCAACUGCCGAAGUGGGCAUUUGGAAUGAUAUGAACGAACCGUCGGUCUUCAACGGACCGGAAAUUACCAUGCUGAAAGAUAAUCUGCACUUCGGUGGCUGGGAACAUCGUGACGUGCACAACUUGUACGGUCACAUGCACAUUAUGGCGACAUACGACGGAUUAAUUCGUCGUAGCGAUGGAGCUCUACGGCCGUUUAUUCUAUCUAGAUCUCAUUUCGCGGGUAGUCAAAGGUACGCAGCUGUUUGGACCGGUGAUAAUAUGGCGGAAUGGGGUCACUUGCAGGCGUCGAUCAAAAUGUGCUUGUCGCUAGCCGUUGCUGGUAUCAGCUUUUGCGGUGCCGAUGUUGGAGGAUUUUUCGGCAAUCCAGAUAGUGAACUUUUCUACCGCUGGUACCAGGCGGGUGCAUUCCAGCCGUUCUUCCGAUCUCACGCUCAUAUCGAUACGAAGCGACGCGAGCCGUGGUUGUAUCCAGAGGAUGUCAAGUUAGUUAUCCGGGAUGCUAUUCGCAAGCGUUAUCGACUCUUACCACUUUGGUACACGAUGUUUUAUGAGCAUGAGCGCUCUGGUUUGCCUAUCAUGCGGCCAAUGUUGGCACAGUACCCGUCGGAUUUGAAGUGCUACUCUAUUGAUAGCCAGUAUUUGCUUUCGGAUAAACUUCUGGUUGCUCCGGUGUUGAAGGCUGGCGAGUCGAAGGUGGAAGUGUAUUUCCCUGCCAAAGAAAACGGCGAGUCGGAUGUCUGGUACGACACAGACAGCUAUCGCAUGUACGCGUCUGUAGGUUUUGAAUCGAUUUCCGUGGAUAGCUAUAAAGUUCCGGUAUUUCAACGAGGCGGAACUAUUGUUCCACGCAAAGAAAGAAUUCGUCGUGCUGCAACGCUAAUGAAAGACGAUCCGUACACACUAGUUGUUGCCCUAGACAAGAAUGGAGCUUCUAAAGGCACUCUGUACAUUGAUGAUGAAACAAGCUUCGAAUACCGCUCGGGUAAAUAUCUCUAUUUAGAGUUUGAGUUGAAGGAUAACGUCCUUAGCAGCAAAAAAAUCGAUAAAACUGCCAGUUACGCUUCGAAGAGCUGGCUGGAGCGGGUGAUACUGGUCGGCCUUUCUAAGGUACCCAAAUCGGCCACGUUGCAUCAGUCGAAUGGAGACUCGGUCACGCUGGAUGUUUAUGCCGAGGAUGGGGCAGUUGUUGUUCGCAAACCCGCCGUCUCUAUGCUUGAUGGUUGGUCAAUCAAACUAAACUACUAGAUCCGGUGCAGCUCAGUUGCUCGGUUAGAUGUACGUCCUUCUUUUGCCCUGACUGAUCAUGAUAAUUCAAAAGCAGUAGAGAAAAGUAUUCCUGUUUUCAUUCAGUGUAGCAUUUUAUUUCUGUUCAGAAGUGAUAUAGUAUGGUAGUAAAUGACUUCAUCUGAAUAUUCAAAAAAAUAUAGACGAAUUCGAUUCAAUUAUCUGUCUGUGAAGAGCGAUUCGAAGAAUUUAAUUUUUAAACAAAAAUGAGAGUUAAUCAGAUUAUAGAACUAGGAAACAACAUA